AGUCUUAGACCCUUUGUCACUCUGCAGAACCGUUCAACAAGUUGCAAGAGGUCCUUGCCUGCCCCACGCUGGUGCCACAUCCACCUUCCCUAUCCAACUUGACUUCCUUAAUACUGUCCCACCCUGGAAGAAGCAGAGUCGGUCAUACGGUCACUAAUAUGGAAUCUUCUAUCCUGGAUUCUGCUCCCGCGCCAUCACGGGCGUUGCGUGAAUGCCUACUGUGUGAUUUGAAAUUCAGUAGCCCGGAGGAAAAGCGGCAGCACGCAAAGAGCGAUUGGCAUGUAUACAAGAUUCGAUGUCGGGUCGCAGAGCCCGGAACUACCAUUCCUCCCCCAGACACCACUCCCAAGCCAUCAAUAAUAUCGUCAUCAUCGAGGAGGCCGGACCGUCGUCGGAAAUCGGCGUCACCGAGCUCCCCUCGAACCGACCAUGAGAGCUCCGAGGAAGAUUCAGAAAGCGACACGUCAUCCGACAGGGACAUUUUCGGGUUCAUCCCCGAGCAAUGUCUGUUCUGCAAUCACACAAGCAACGACUUUGACGAGAACCUGUCACACAUGCACCAGUCCCACAGCCUCGUCGUCCCUCUCCAGUCCUCCCUAGCGGUGGAUCUCCAGACGGUGAUCUGGUUCCUUCACAUGCUCAUCUUCAGCUACCGGGAAUGCAUCUGCUGCGGGAAGCGCCGCCGGACGGUCGAGGCCGUGCAGCAACACAUGACCUCGACGGGCCACUGCCGAUUCAACGUGACCGACGAGAUGCGGGGAUUCUACGACCCGGACUCUCUGGCACGGCAGACGACAGAGGGCCGUGCUCGGCCCGACGACGACCACGCCCUUAGACUACCCUCGGGGAAGCUCCUCGCCCAUCGCUCCCACCACGUCGAACCGUCCCCCCGGUCCAGACAACGAGACAGGCCGCCCGUCGGCCCGUCCACCUUGCCGCCUGGCUCUUCUCAGCCGGCCGGUCCGAGCGACCCGGCCGACGCCGGAUCCCAAGCUCUUGCCGUCACGAAGAAAGACCGGAGAGAGCAGGCGGUCGCGGCCGAGUUCGGGCGACUGCGCGCCGGCGACCGGACGAGCCUGGUGCAUCUGCCGCCGUCCCAGCAGCGGUCGCUCCUCCUGACGUACAAGAAGGAGCUGGACGAGGCGAAGCGGGCAGAGAGGAGGAAGCAGCGCCGGCUGGACAACGUGGGAAACAAGACUGCGAUCCAUACAAAGUACUACAAGCAGGAGGUUCCAAUAUAUCAGGGCGGUUAGAUAGCCCCGCAGAACAACUCUGUGCCACCCCACCUUUUUUUCUUUCCCUCUUUCUCUUUUGAAUAUUUUGGGGGGUGGCGUCCAAAAAGGCAGCUUACUGCUCGACCCAUGUAAUGUUCGCCAACAAGGCUCCGCAACUCGAAUAAAGAAUCAUG